AUGUUCUGUAUGGUCGACUUCAACGCGAAGAUCGGAUCCGAUAACUCGAACUAUGAGCGCAUUAUGGGGCGCCAUGGUCUCGGAGAAAUGAGCGAACACGGAGAGCUGUUUGCAGAAUUCUGUGGCAAUAACGACAUGGUGAUCAGGGGAUCGCUCUUCCCCCAUCGACCGGUUCACAAGGUCACGUGGGUUUCCCGUGACGGCUUUACCGAAAAUCAAAUUGACCACAUCUGCAUCAGCCGAAAGUGGAAACGGAGCCUUCUUGAUGUGCGGAAUAAACGUAGUGCCGAUAUCGCGUCUGACCACCACCUCAUCAUCGGCGAAAUACGCCUGCCGGACUGGAUGAUAUCACACGAGAAUAAUCUGGGUGAACUACGCACCCAAAGAAAGCAAUGGAUCACUGAUGAGACCUGGACGAAAAUAGAGGAGCGAAGAGGAGCCAAAGCCGCAAUACAGCGAUCCAAAACCCGAGGAGCCAUAUAUUCGGCCCGUCAACGAUACUCGGCUCUGGAGAAGGAAGUAAAACGCUCAUGUAGACGGGACAAGCGAGCGUGGGCGGACUCCCUCGCCGACGAAGGGGAGAAGGCCGCUGCAACCGGGAACAUUCGUCUCCUCUACGAUAUCUCACGACGCCUAAGUGGAGCGAAGAUGAAUGCGACAAUGCCUGUGAAAGACGCGAUUGGUCAACUGCUAAUCGACCCAACUGAUCAACUUAAACGCUGGUUCGAGCACUUCGAACAACUUUUCCAAGUGCCAGCCAGGCCACCAUCACCUCGGCAUGACCCGUCUAGGGUCAGGCGUAUCAUACGCGUGAAUACCGAGGCUCCGUCAUUGCUGGUGUUACAAACGGCCGUUCAAAGCAUGAAAUCGAACAAAGCCCCAGGGGUCGAUCGCAUAUCAGCCGAGAUGCUCAAAGCAGACCCCAUGAUGUCCGCUCAACUGUUGCACAAUUUUUUUCGUAAUAUCUGGGACACCGCAACUUUUCCGGUCGACUGGAUGCAGGGUAUCUUAGUAAAGGUGCCCAAAAAGGGUGACCUGACUAUAUGCGAUAAUUGGCGAGGCAUUAUGUUGCUGUGUACCGUUCUAGAAGUUUUAUGCAAAGUGAUCCUAUCCUGGAUCCAGGAGAAGAUCGAUGCGACUCUCCGACGACAGCAAGCUGGAUUCCGUGCCGGAAGAUUCUGUGCUUCGUAUCAUCCUGGAGCAAGUCAAUGA